CAGGAUAAAAGGGCUCCUACCCUGGGCUCCCCAUCCACAGCCUCCCUGAGAACAGCUUCUCCUGUCCCUCUGCAUCCGGUCAAGUUCCUGUCGAGAUGUCCUGCCAGCAGAACCAGCAGCAGUGCCAGCCCCCUCCCAAGUGCACCCCCAAGUGCCCCUCCCCGAAGUGCCCCCCAAAGAGCCCAGCACAGUGUCUGCCCCCAGCCCCCUCUGGCUGUGCUCUGAGCUCUGGGGGCGGCUGUGGCCCCAGCUCCUCGGAGGGUGGCUGCUGCCUGAGCCACCACAGGCAUCACCGCAGGUCCCACCGCUGCAGGCGCCAGAGCUCCGAGUCCUGUGACACUGGCAGUGGUCAGCAUCCUGGGGGCUCGGGCUGUGGCCACAGCUCUGGGGGCUGCUGCUGACCUGGAUCUGAUGCUGAGACAAGCAACUUGAGAGGAGACAAGAAGCCAGCAGAGAAGCCCCCGCUGGACCCAGCCUCUCCCAGACACCUCAUUCUAAUAUUCCCAGGCUGGUUGCUGAAAUGUUCUUGGGGGAGGGGUGAGCACUCCCCAGAAGAUGCGAGGCAUGUAUUUUCCAAGCUUCUGGGCAGCCCCUCCUCUCAGUGUUAACCCAUGUGUCUAACCAGGUAGAGAAAUAAAGCCUGUUCUCUCCCUCUGA